CUCUAAAACAUGAAAUGAAGCUGAUUUAUUAAAGCAUAAAAAAUAGUAACACCCUACUAAACUGAACGUAUGGUAAAUGUGAACUGAUUUGAAUCUACAAGGGGCUAAAUCCUCGUAAUUGGCAUCUUCAAGCCCAAAUCCAAAACCCUAACCUCAAAUCCUUCACUCAGCGCCGUUGUCCACCUUCAAGCUUUCAUUCCGCAAACUGCAAACAUGGUUCUUCAAAACGAUGUCGAUUUGUUGAACCCUCCAGCCGAGCUCGAGAAGAAGAAGCACAAGCUCAAGCGUCUUGUUCAGUCUCCCAAUUCCUUUUUCAUGGAUGUCAAAUGUCAAGGCUGCUUCAACAUAGCGACCGUAUUUAGCCACUCUCAAACUGUGGUGGUGUGCGGAAACUGCCAUACUGUUCUAUGCCAGCCGACCGGUGGUAGAGCUAGGCUCACCGAAGGCUGCUCUUUCAGGAAGAAGGGCAACUAAAUCUGAUCCGGUUGCAAGAUUGGAGGAAGAGUUUUGUAUGUUCCCAGUCUGGUUACCUUUUUUAUAAAAUGUCUUUGUUUUAGCAGCAGCGUGAGGGGUUCUAGAAAGACUACAUAUGUGCUACUGUUCUCAAUUUACUGGAUGGUUUUUGGGUUUAAUGAUUGCUGAGUUGCA